UGAGCAGCACAAACGACAAUAAACAACUAGUAUAAAUAUGUAGAACGCAAUGCAAUGCGUAUGUAGAUUUCGAUUAGAUUGAACACGGUUUUCUUUUGGUUUUUUUAAGUAGUUCGGUCCGAACGGAAUUAUUCAUUAUUCAAAGUCAAUGAAAAUUCAAUAUUGAAUGCAUUGAAUUGACAAAAAAAAUCUAAAGAAAGGAAAGAAGCAAACGGCAGAUAGGCAAAAUAGUUGGUGCAAUGAGCGAUCUGAAACCAGUUCUGUGUGUGGGCUGCACGGUCAUCGAUUUUGUGACCAUCAACAGUAGUUUCCCCAUCGAGGAUACGGAUCGGCGUUGCAACGAUGGCUUUUGGCGGCGAGGCGGCAACGCUUCCAAUGUCAGCACGGUUCUGCAGGUGCUCGGUUUGAAUGUGGAAUUCUUUGGCAUGCUAAGCAAUUCUGAUGGUUUUCGGGUGCUAUUGGAUGAUUUAGAUCGUCGUCAAAUCGAUACUCGUCAUUGUCCACGAACAGAGCAAGAUCCACCCUUUUCGUCGGUCAUAUUGGCCCAAGACUCGGGCACACGCACUAUAGUCCAUUGCAAUAAGAAUUUUCCACAAAUUACGUAUGAAGAUUUUCAGAAAAUUGAUCUUACCCAAUAUAGUUGGAUACAUUUCGAAGCACGCAAUCCCACUGAGACCAUGCGCAUGAUGCAAGCCAUUGUUGAGCAUAAUAAUCGAAACCAAAAUGAGCGCAUUGUCAUAUCUCUCGAUUUUGAGAUUAGGUACGAGGAGAAUCUACAACUGUGUCAAUAUUGUGACUAUGUGGUCUUCUCUAAGGAGUUAGCCAGCCAGCAAAACUGGCGAACACCCCGGCAAACCUGCGAUGAACUCAAUCGCACGCUGGCCGUGCUAACGGGCAAGACCAUACCCAAUCUCAUAAUACCCUGGAGCAGUGCGGGAGCCGUGUGCCAGGAUGCCGAUCGAAAUUACAACGAAUUGAAGCCGUAUAAACAGGCAAAAGUGGUUGACACACUGGGCGCUGGUGAUAGCUUUAUGGCCGGCUUCAUAUACGCCACCUAUGUUAAUGGUUUAAGUCUACCCCAAGCUGUUGAUUUUGCCAAUCGGGUUGCUAGUCAUAAAAUAGCCAAAUUUGGUUAUGAUCAUGUCGCGGAACUGACUGCAAAUUAAAACCUUUGGGCACAAGUUUGGAAUAACUGGUAUCAUGGUACUCCAAAAGGAAUGCAAGGACCUAAUGUUAAGACUAUUUCGUGCAAAUAAAUCAUGUUAAUAAAUAGAUUUGACAUCAAA